AUGGAUACAGCGCAAGAUACUGUGGUGGACGACCACCCAGUUGCCAGGAAAAGAUCUCUUUCAGAGGUGGAACCUUCCAGUCCAGCAGGCGAGGAUGUGGACUCAACCAGGAAACGCACAAGGACUGUCGAGCCUGAUGAGAAGGAUGAGGGGGAGAUCACAGAUUCCAUGUCUGGCUCGUCGCCGGCACCGGAGAGCUUCACGCCAGUCCAGCCCUUCGCCAAAGCUCAUAAUGGCUGGAAUGCUGGUGUCAAUGGCGGGUUGAGGAUAUCCUUUCCCUCGCUCAGGAAGCCACCCCAAACAAACGCUGAGGGUGAUCAAGUCCCAAAGGCCCCAGAAGCGGAGUCCGGGCAGCCGUCCGAAGAAAAACCCCAGGUCCAAGGUCAGCCAGAUACUGCCGUUGAGCUUGAGGCAAGGCCGUCUAUUGAGGGUCUGAUUACACCAGAUGGAUAUCCGAGUCAGCCUAAAAACUCUCGACGACGAUCCUGGGAUGCCAGGUUCAAGCAUUGGUGUAUUGAACUGAUGAGGCUGAACAAGGACCACGAGGGAGUGCAAGACCCAGAGGUUCUGCGAGAGGCCUGGUCGAACUGGCUGCAAAAUCGAAAAAAGCAAGACCCGCUGGCGCAGACGGCGGCACUACGGGCAGCUCAAAGUUUUGAAUUCACUCCAGAGGCCCUCACAGAGAUGGCAUCGGCAGCUCUUACUCCGGAGAACGAACCAGCAUCGCCUGCAGAGCAGCAGAGUGACCGCAGCACAGACAAAGCGACCAGCGAUACCGGCAAAUCCGAAAACAGCAACAAGCCACUGACAACUUGGGAGGCUGGAGGCAUGAUCCAACCCAUUCGGCCAAACCAGUCCGCACUUCCCCUGGACGCCAAAGACGACCAAGCAUGGGAACACAUCUUCACCAUAUGGUGCCAGGACUUGGCUGAAAUCAACUCCAAGAAGAUUAAGACCAAGGAACCGCGAGACUUCAACAGGAUCUUGACGGCUUACAAUCAAUGGAUUGGUACGAUUGAUGGGCUGCCGAAGAUCAGAGCCACGGCAGCCAGGCGUAAUGCGAGCAAUUACCUGGCGAAGAACAAGGGCAGGGUUGCCUCUUUGCUUUCUGGUCGGCCGUUAGACGACGAGCAAGAGACAGAAGAAGAGGAGCCCAAGGAGAAGGAGGCCGGGGAGGAACCAGUCCCAGAAACAGUGGUUGCGGAGGAAACCUUGCCUCUCGCAGCACCAGUCAACGACGGGAACGAGGAGGUCAAAAACAUUCCGCUCACAGAAGGGGAAAUGGCGUACCGGGACCGGUACUUUCCCGGCCUUGCUCCGGACGCUGUCUUUUGCGUCAUGUGCGCUUCUUCGGAGCACAACUCGGCCGAGUGCCCCGAGAUGGCCUGCAAGUUCUGCCACAAAGACCACCCUUGCUGGACUUGCCCUGCUCGACAACGCUGCUCCAAGUGCAAGCAACUUGGGCAUUCUGUGGCCGAGUGCAAAGAGCAACUAAUACUAGCCCAGGACGAAAUGGACUGCGCCCUCUGUGGCUCGCGAGACCACAUUGAGUAUAGCUGCGUCAACUUGACGAGAAGCUUCCGACCCAACCCCUCCAACACCCCCAAAGUCCAGUCCUUACCCGUCUUUUGUUACCGAUGUGGUGCUGAGGGGCACUAUGGUGGCGACUGCGGGCUCAGCGCGCUGGAGAAAAAGGGCAGCAGCUUCAACCCAUUCACCAAGGCGAACGCAAGCCAGUACGUGGAUCCAAACUCUUCAGAGACGGCCCUUGCCUACCGCGGCGGUCACCGGUCUGCAGCAGAUUACAGAUCAGGUGGCAGACCGGAUCUUGGCAAAAGCAUUGUCCCUCGCCAGCACAUUCAGUUCGAGUCAGACGACGACGAUGAUGAUGAGUUCAUACAACCCAUUGUUCAAAAGCCGAGGCGGUCUGGGCACAUUACCUUCUCUGGAUACAGUGGGAAUGGCAGUCAAAACCAGGAGAAACCCAGCGCGAGAUACCCAUCCAGCCUCCCUCCAAAGCCUCCGGCGGUGUCGGUGCAACCACUACCGCGUGGGCCCCCUCCUCCGCUACCUCCAGGGAACAAUUCUUUUGGGAGAAAACACGGCGGUGGAGGAAGUAGGGGCAGGGGCAGAAGUGGAGGUGGGGGUAGGGGCCGAGGUCGCUAUUAA